AUUAAAUUACAUAUUUUACAUUAAUGUAGCCCUAUGAAAUAAUUUUUUUUAGAAAUUCUGUUCAUGCGUCACAUGUGCGUGAGUAUGUGUAGAAGACAAACCACUCAUUCACACAGACACACAGAACACAGACACGAGUUAAUAUUGCAAUUUUACAGCCCUUUACAAAAUUUGCCAUGUUCUGCGAUAGGCGUUUUACUGCAAAUUUCAGUUUUAGAACAGGAUUCUGCGAAUCUAUCCUCGUUUUCUGCAUCUUGGAACCCUAAGUGCUUGCUGGUGAGCUGCCAUUUUCCCAGUGUAUGAUGUUUGAUGCUUGUUCACAAAGCCAUCCCAGUCUCCACUGACCAGCUGCCACUCCCUCACAAUAGCCCCCUGUUCCCAGCACUGCCCGACAUGUAUCUUAAUGCAGUCAACAUCUAGCGACUGAGCUGCCAUUCACUCUGAACUGUAACGCUUCUAUUAGCGGCCUCAUCAUACACCCGUUCCACCUCCUUGAGAAAAUCAAUAACCCGCAACCAACGUGAUUUCAUUCUCACAAAGACACGCCAACGAGAGAGCCUUUUGAAGUCUUUUAUAUACAUGCCUCACUUUAUGGCUUUGUAAUGUUGAAAUGGAUUUAGGUAGAUAGGGUCGGCCCCUCAUAGACUGUGUCGCUGGGUCAGCUCACUGCUGACACAGAAAUGACAGUUCGUAUAACCUAGAGACACACUUCAUGCAGUCAUAUCCUCUGGACAUGUGUGCAGAGGUUUGAAUCAUAGCUACAUGCGUGCCUCGGGACUGAAGUUGUUUUUGCAAUAUUUAAAAUAUGAAAACUUGCUGUGAAUUUUACUAUUAUGUAGUUGUAAAGUGGAAGCAAACUUUUUGUGUCAGUUUAAAGAUUAUAUUUUUCUUAAAGCCCUUUUUUUUAGUAAAUCAGAAGUUUAGAUUUGUACAUUUCAUCUUUAGCAAAUAUUAUUUUCAUUGCAAUCGAGUCUAGCAAUGCAUUUCAAUGUAUACUGUGUGUACAUGGAUCAUGAAUUAUAUGCUUUAGAUCUUGUUUAUAUAAUUUUCCACAGUUUACGGUUUCAGUUAUUCAGGGCAUUUAUUGAAAUUAAAUGAUGACGUAAAUAGGAUCCAAUUUGAUUUCAUGUUGUCUUUGAAAGCAGUGGAUUUAGAAAAGCCCUGACUGUUGCUGUAAAUAAUGCCAAAUCUAGUCCAGCUGUCAUCCUGACCUGUACUUGUUCUGCCAGUGCUGUGAUGAGAGCUAGAGUGCCCUGUCUGUCCCUGUACAGAGUCCCUUGGAUCAAAAGCUCCGGUACCGACAGAUGAAGAGGAUUAUGGUCUUUGUUUUCUCCAGCCUUUUUUCUUUCUUUGUGAUGAAACAUUUAUAAAGGCCUCUGGCUGACACUGUUGUUCAGUAGUGUCUAUGGAUCAGCGUAUUUUAUACAUUUCACCUAUAUGCGCUCAUGAGUUCUGUUUUUUCAUUUGGCCUAACAUCAUGCUAUACAAUAAUAACCAGUACUUUUUUUGGGGGACAAAUGUGUCUUAGUUUAAAAAACAAAUUGUGACUUGAAUUUUUUUUUUUCAUAGCUGCCAAAAGUAUUAGUAGUGAUAUUUAUUAUCCCUGUGUGUAAAUUUGUAGAUUUUGACAUAGGCAUAGUUAUGUCAGAUGGGAUAUCACGUUGAGAGUGUUUUGUUUUAACAGUCUGGCUGUUACAAUCAUGAUCACUCCAUUUGACUCCCCUCCAUUAAUCAAUCCAGACACUCCUCCUAACCCCAACCACGGGCCCAAGAUACCAUGUGCAAUUGGGAUGCUAACAGAUUUCUCUGGGAAUUACAGGCCUCUUUGAAUGCUGCCAGUCAGUAAAGAUGAAGUUCCUUUUGUAUUUUAUGAGCACUUCUAGUUGUAAUUAACCUAAACGGUAAGCCCCUCCCCUCAAAUGCAGAUGAGCCAAUGGCAGUGGAGUAUCAGUUGCCCGGGAGGCGGAACUCGGACAUCUUUAGGCUUCAGUGCCAUAGAGAAACAUUGGAAGAUCAAAAGUCGCAUUGGUUUAAUAAUGUUUAUGCUACAAAAAUCGGAAAACAAUGUGACGUGACUAGGGUACUUGUAACUCUAAUUACAGGUAUCCUGAGAGGAUAGGCAAUGUAAUUUAUUUUAUUCCAUUUCCUAAAUCCAAAUUUAUCAUAAACACCUCGGAAGAAGGUUUUCACUGACAGCUGUCAUUGUGAGACAGGGAGCAACUUGUCAGUAAAACUAGUAAAAAUCUGCAUUUGUGAUUGUGAUAGAGUAGACUUGGGCAAUGUUAUCUUUCCAGGGGAAUGAAAUCCCCCUCUCGGAGUCUCUUAAUUUGUUCCUGUUUGUUGCACAAUGUCAGCUGCUGUGAAGGAGGGUCCUGGCUAACUGAAAUGCCUGGCAACUGUAACUAAGGGGCAGGGAUUGCUACGAUUGGGCACUGGUCUGUGUAAGUGACUUGAAGCAGGAAUGAAAACGAGAACGAAAGAUAAUAAAUCAGGAAGCUGUAGGAGGCGACACCGAGAGAUGGAAGUCUUUGAUUAUUUUUGAAUGUGGAAACAUCUUCAGGGUGUGCAGGAAGAGGAGGAUAAUGAGAAGAGAGCGAGAACAGUGUGCUGGGAGGAGUUGAGGACCUCAGGUGUCGCCAAAAGGGGAGGGCGGAGAGUUAUAGAGUGAGAGCAAGCGGGAGAGAGAGGGCAAAGCAAGGAGGGAGUGAAUGUGAUCGAGAGUCACAGAGGAAGAGAGAGCGAGAGUGUGAAGGGGGAGAGAAAACUGUGAGCCACUCACGGCAUCUCUGAGCACCAGCAGUAACUGCUCUCUUUUCCUCAGCUCAUUGUCUGAUUUGUCGCACAAAUCUUAAUUUCUUAAUUUCUACGUGUGUUUUGCACUGUGCACGCUCGGUGGGAACUGCUGUCAACCUGCUUUGGCUCACGGGUCGCAGAGAGCGGACAAGGACAUGGGCGGUAUGCAGAUCUUCCAAUUUUGCGAACGGAAUUAGUAUUUUUGAGAAGACUUUCAAUAAUGUGUCACAAAGGAGUUGGAGAAGCAGCAGUGAGGUCUGUCUCAGAAGGAAAGAAGCUGAGCAUGUACAACUAAUCAGAUGCAGAGGCUGCCAUGUGAUGUGCAAAGCUUUGGACGGAACGAUGGACUUGAACUGAGAACAUAUGGAAUUUAGACAGGAUGCCCAGAGCAUGCUGUCCUAGUGCAAUCUGAGAAGACACCUUCACGUAAGCAGCGAUAUACCUCUUUUGGAAAACACAGGUCUCUCCUUUUUAUGUGACCUGCAUUUACCCGAUAUGCACAGUGAAAGUUCAUGAAAAGUAAAUGGAUUGGGAGCAAAUAAGACCAAAGCAGUCGCUGUACCCCCAGAACACGAUCUUGAAAUUUUGAUUAGUUCCGUUUUGCCUCACUCAGACUCCCGCAGGCUAUGAGCGGUGCUCUGUGCAGCAGUAGCUCUGGCAACUCUCAUAUGCUGUCCUGUGUUUGUCUAGAGCGUCUGUGUUUUGAUUUGGACUAUAGAAGCCAAGAGGUCCCUAUUCCAGAAGCAAAACAUGGUGCAUGUUAUUGUUUGGAGACGUACUGAUAUGAAUAGAUAUUUUGGAGACUUUUGCAACUCUUGAAAUUAAAUUUUUGUGGACUCGAAGGUAUGACCCUGGAACUUUCUUCAUCAAUUUUGUUACCUUUAUUGUCUAUGCUUAAUCCUUCUUAUAUAGUCUUAACUGGUCACAGGAAAUCGUUUGAUCUUCAUUUCCUUAUCCCGCAACCCCUUUUACAACCCUGAACAUUUUACCCUUGAGAGGACAGCUUAAGGAAUUGGUCGACUUCACUGCAGGGGCUGUGGACAAUAUUGCCAGCUGACUUUCAGCACGUAUAUUCAAACCUUUUGUGACUGUUGCUGUUUCCAACAGCCCUAAUUUUGUUUGCAAAGGGAAAUAUCUCUGUCUUACAAUUACUGAACUGCUCCUAAGCAUGACUGAUUUCAGAGGAGUGCCAGGCACUUUUUUUUCUUCUCCUUACAGACUCUAUUGAUUUUUGCCAAUGCUCAGUUCAUUGAGAUCCAGCCAUGUGAAAGACCGAGGUAAAGGGGAAAAGACAGAAGAUUGAGUUCUGGUGCAAGAGAUUACUGAGAAAGCACAGACACAGGAUCACGUUGCAGGCCAUCAGCACUGCGUUUAGGACAACUGAACCUUAUCCAAGAAGACAAGGUCCAGGACAAUGAACCGGUCAGAGCUGAUCGAACCGGUCCCAAGUGUAAACAGCAGCCUUAGCAAUCACUUCAGUGUGUCCCUAAACCACUCCUGCCCCCUAGGCUGGGGGGAGAACAAGGUCAUGGAAGCUUGCGUCUUAGAGACUGCGGUCAUUGUGAUGCUGACGGUGCUCAUCAUUGCUGGGAAUUUAACAGUGAUCUUUGUGUUUCAUUGUGCCCCAUUGUUACACCACUACACCACUAGUUACUUCAUCCAGACUAUGGCCUACGCGGAUCUGUUGGUGGGGCUAAGUUGCCUGGUUCCCACCCUUUCCCUGCUCCAUUACCCAGCUGGUGUCCAAGAACCACUCACCUGUCAGGUGUUCAGCUAUGUAAUCUCUGUACUCAAGAGCGUUUCGAUGGCUUGCUUGGCUUGCAUUAGUGUGGACCGCUAUCUGGCUAUUACUAAGCCCCUCUCCUACAACCAGCUGGUAACACCCUGCCGCCUUCGCUGCUGCAUCGUUCUCAUAUGGAUCUACUCUUGCGUGGUGUUCCUCCCAUCUUUCUUCGGCUGGGGUAAGCCAGGGUACCAUGGGGAUAUCUUUGAAUGGUGUGCCCACUCUUGGCCCACAUCUGCACUCUUCACUGGCUUUGUUGUGUGCCUGUUGUAUGCCCCUGCGGCCCUGGUGGUCUGUUUCACCUACUUCCACAUCUUCCGCAUCUGCCAGCAGCAUAACCGAGAAAUCAGCGAGCGACGGGCACGCUUUCCCAGCCAGGAGAUGGAAACCGCCGAAGGAGGCAACCACACAGGCCACGGGCCAGACCGGAGGUACGCCAUGGUGCUCUUUCGGAUCACCAGUGUUUUCUACAUGCUUUGGCUCCCCUACAUUUUCUAUUUCCUUCUGGAGAGCUCUCAUGUGCUGGACAGCCCUGCCCUCUCCUUUGUGACCACCUGGUUAGCAAUUAGCAACAGCUUCUGCAACUGCGUCAUUUAUAGCCUGUCCAACAGCGUAUUCCGGCUGGGAAUGCGUAGACUCUCACAGACGCUCUGCUCCUCCUGCUCUUUCAGCCCGUGCACUCAUGAUGAUAAGGACUUUGGAGAGCCAAAGCCAAGAAAGAGAGCCAACUCCUGCUCCAUUUGAAGAUCUUAAAGGGUUGCUUGGAUCAGUCAUAAGCUGCUAAAUGUUGUUGCAAUGGAUUUAGCCCAGAUUUUAACGUAACUGUACCUCUAACUAAAAGUUGAUGAUUGUGUCUUAUAUAGAGUUAGAAGAAACUACCAACAGUGAGGAUGAAGUAGUCUAAUAGUAAUGUGAUCUACAUUCCCUCUAAAUAUUAUGAUGACCUGCCUUGGCCCUGUUAAUACCACAGAAUUGUCACUGGCCCCAACUUGUUUGAGAUAUGGAGUUUGUAGAGCGUUUGUGAGCAAAAGCCAGGGGGUGAGUUCAAAGCUCUUGCUUGUGAUUGCUCUUUUCAAAUGGAGCAUACUUGUUAACUUUAGGUACAUAACCCAUGUUGCUGGAUUGAUUGUUUUGAUGUUUGUUGAAUUAGAUUUUUGUCACAGCUGUAAUUGUAAAAACAGUUGCUUUACAAAAUGAUGAGCACUUAAAGACCUUAACUAGCUAAUUUUAGCGAAGGUCUUCUCCUAGUGGCUUUUAUGGUACAGUUUGUCUAGAAUCUUAAUCACAGGCAAUUCAUGUCAAAAGCGAUGUAGCAAAGGACAAACAGCUUGGUCUGUAUUUAUUUUUCCAAAAUCUUCAUUUUAGAUCUGAUGUUUUUGUAGGAAAUCUUAAAAUAUCAUAUGCACACAAUAUCAACAAAUGCCAGUAAUAGAUGUGGACGGUAGUUUAGAUCCCCAGUUAUGUAAAGCCUUGAUUAGUUUAUUUUUAUAGUUUUUUACUUUUGUUUUAUUUUUAUUUUUUGUGAUGGGAAGUGAUGGGAGAAUAUAAUUGUUGUUCAAAUUCAAAUACAUGUAAAUUAUACAGAUAUUUUUUAAAUACCCAUGUAAGCUGAAAAACUUAAAUUUUGUAUAAAUACAUUUUGUAGUGUUGUUUUUCCUUUAUACAUUCCAGUUCCAAUUAUUUUUUACAUUGAUUAUUUUCCAAAUAUUUACUGAUUUACUGCAUAGUUGUGUGACUGUUCCUAAAACAUUAUACUUCGCCAUAUUGAAUUUUGCAAUGAGUAUUUUUAUGUUAUUAUGCAUCGGCCAUUAUUUUUGUAAAGAUACAGAGAAUACGAUAUAUGGCUGCUUCUUUUUGUAUUAUAAUACUUGGGUAUUGUUUGGGGCAGUGUUAAACUCGAUGCUUGAGUCUGGUAUUGGUGGUUUCAGUUUGUCUAUGCCUGUAAACUUUAUUUGCUGAUGGAUGUUACAGCACUGUACAUGCUGAACUUCACAGCUCUGAAAAAUCGUCAAUACAACAACUAGACUAGUUGAUGUGCAUUAGAUAAUGAAGAAAAGAAAAAGAUAAGAAGAAUAGACUCACUUUCAAAUUAAAUCGUGAGGGUGUUCUUUUGUAAUUCUUAACAACUUAAGAGUAAAUUGACUAUUUAUUUAUGUAUUUAUUUUUCAAUGUCCUAUGGAUUUAAAACCAAUAAAAUAGCAGAAUAUUCCUGUAUAAAUUUUGCAGAUGACAUUAUGAUGUUUCGGUCCAUUUCUUUUUUCUUGAUUGGGAGUAUACAAGAGAAUAAAAACUAUAAAAACUAUAUUUCUUUUUAGUUCAGCAAUUUUUGUUUUUGUUUUUUGUGAAACUCUUUGGUUUUGCUGUCGCUGCCAGUACAAUAAAUGUGAACAGUAAACACCGAUUUAUGAGUGCAUCUUUUGUCUGUAGUUAAUCUGGAUUUCACUUAAAUCAAUUGAAGUUUUAUCACUUCUUAUUCUCCUUCUAAUGCUAAUGCGUAGCUUUUUUGGUUUUUAAGCAUGUGAUCCUGAUUCCUGCUCUGUCAAUCCCGGUCAACUGGCUGUGUAAUGUUUCCUGAUAGGUCCAUAGAGUCUGGUCAGAGUUUAAGUUGCUCAUGUCCUCUAAAGCUUCAGGGCACAACGGCCCCAGACUGCACACGCAGCAGGCUCGGCACUCGACGGCUGCCGCUAAAAAGGUUACAACUCCCUUCAGAAGGGAAAUUAUACAUGUGCAGUUAGAGCAAGGGGGAAAAUGAAGUAACCUUUUUGAAACCUAAUGAGCACAUCAAAUGUUUCCAUGAUCAUGGGAGUCUUUGGACCUUGGCACCGGCAUGAAUAAAACAUGAGUGCUCUCAGCAGUCACUAAGAGUGUGUCCCAUUCCGCUUGCUUACACUUCUUAUGUGACCUGAAAAUGCAUACAUCCUUUUUGUAUCUUUAUCAUUACUCAGCCCAAAUACCUUUUCCUUUUUGAUUUAAAGUGACCAUUUUAUAUCUGGCGGAGGUUUCAUUGAAAAGCAGUGUCAGUCUUACUGUGGGAGAUUUGUGAGCCUAGCGGAUCUUAAUGGCCGUAUGGAACGGUGUUUAGCCAGCACAGCUGCUCCAGGGCACUGGCCUUUGCCGACAUUGAAGGUAAUGCAUGCCCUGUCACAGACACUGACAAAAGAGGGCUUGUUUUUUGGCAAAUGUAUUAGUACAUGUUGUUUCAGGCCCUUUGUAGCUCUAUUUUUUGCCGGUCACAAAAUAGCAGACUGUUGAAAGUUAAUAAUUGGUGUUUUUGUACUGUUGCUUGCUUUUUGUUCAUAGGAACCUAUUGGACUACACUCCCCAUUCUUUGUUUUUAUGUGGAGCCUGUGAGAAAUACACAUUUUGUGACAGUGUUUUUUAUGCACGCGUUUUAUCUCAUUAUAUUCAGAUUGAGUAUAUUCAUUUUAAGAAUUAACGACAGGGCCCAAAUUGUGCCCAAGUGAUACUUUUUUAGUUUGUGCGUUUUCGUGAUUUAUGAAGUGGACCUGCAUAAAAGAGUCAUUUGUUUGUAAAAUCAGAUAUUGGUUUAGCUGUACGUUUUUGAUUCACUCCUGCUCCAAAAAGAAUCAGUUUAAAGUGGCAUUUGAAUUGGACUACACUGCUCAGGUUCAAUGUUAUUGCAUCCAGCUUGUGAGAAAGACGCAGUUCUUGGCAGUAUUUUGUGUCUUAUAUUCAAUUAAAGUCUAGUUGCUUUUGGACUAGAUUCAAGCCAACACUGGCUUUGAGUAAAAGAUGGAAUUUUAAGAACAAUAUGGUGAUCGCUCAAAUGAAUUAAUUGGAUCAUAGUAUUUGAACCAACCCUAGAAUUGAUGUGUAACUUUAUACCAAUACAAUCUGUAUACAAUUCGAGUCUUUUGCUGAUGCAAACUGCAGAAGAAAGCCUAAUGUCAGCGAGAUGGUGGCACAGGUUGAGCUGAGGGUAACUAAGCACUGGUCCCGGUAGCGUAUUUUUAGACCACAUUCUGGUCAUGCUUCUGGCCUUUUUUAAUGCACUUUCAGACCAAGAUUUGAGGCUAGGUCCUAAAAGAAAAACAGGCUUUAUGCUAUGCUCAUGCAAAAUAUUAAGUGAAUAUAUAGAAGAAGAAAAACCCAAACUGUUCUUUUUUUUUUUUUGUUAAUACCAUUGUUACUUUUACAACUUAUCUUUAUAUAUACAUUUUUAGUCCUCCUAUGUUAAGUAGCAUUGAUUUAACUCUAAGAGCGAACAAUUUCGUGAUUUCUCUUGAUGUUGCUUCUUUUCUCAUAUACUUGAAGACAUUUGUUCACCCUUGCCAGUUUCAUCCAUAUUCAUGGACACAACCAAGUGGAGCUUACCGUCCAGGCCUGUGAAUAUUUAUGAAAAUUCUCUGCGUGCCAUAUUAUGAAUUCCUUUUAAUAUUAAUCUGUACUGCCACAGCUUCAAGAGGCAUUCUCCUCCAUCAAAAGGCUUUGAGUUGCUCGUCGGCAAGCGGGAGGAACACCUUCCCCUCUCGGUCUCUAAACAAGGUGAAGCACUCACGCUCCUCUUUGCACACAGUGCUAAUCACCAUUGUUUCUGUACCUAAUGGCUGGUUAUUAUGGCUCCUCUUUCUUUCAAACUCUGUAAGUGGGAUACCGGUACUUAUGUUUGUGAAGUGAGAGUUUAAAAGGAUGCCAAACCCACCCAGGCACUCUUCACUCUGUUGUCUGUGGGUGGUGUUGGUUAGUGCUUAGAUCUGUAGUAGAAACUAAAAGGUUGUAAGGUUUGAAUCCCACAAGAAGAAUAUGCAUUUUAGUUAAGUGACUUGGAAAAUCUUUGUGACUUUUCGUCAACAUUGGACAACAGUUAAAAUCUUGCAUAUUUUAUUUUAUUUGUUAUUAUUUAUUUUUUGCAUUAAUCGCGAUGCAUCACAAUGCAUUUACUAUGCACUGCAUCCUCAAAUUUAAAUGUUACUUAAUAUUUAUACAAUAUGAACAUAUGCAUGUAUAAACGAAAAGUGUGCACAGCAAAAGCGUAAAUGUGUGCACAGCAGAAAUUACAUGAAUAUUGAGGAAACGAUGGAUGGUUUUCAGAGACUGACUGGUUGCGCCAUUAACAAAAUCGCCUGUGUAUUCAUUUUUUAUAUAAUUAUAUACAGAUUUUGCAGAGACUAACUGGUUGUGCCAUUAACAAAAUCACCUGUGUGUUGUGAACAGACGUGAAUUCACAUCAUGGGGGGGCUUCUGCCAGUUGAGUUCAAGCAGCAUUUUCAACCACCAUUUUUAUUCAUAAUGUACGAGUGUGAACGGACCAUAAGUAAAGAUCUUCCUUUCGUUAACCCUAGCCGGAAUAGUAUUCAUCUGUAAUGAAGGUGCCUAAUGGUUUUUGAUAUAUUAUGCAAUCGUGAGGUCUGAGGAUUCUCCCACUCUGGCCCAUCGCCCCUGACCCACUCACGCAGCUGAAUGGCCCACGGUCUGUUGACGGUAACACUCACUGACAGCUGUCCACUCCCAAAUAUUAGGCUGGUCGCAUGCCCAUCUGAGGAGACCGCCAACUGUCCGUUUGUACAUGCAGGAGCAGAGGAAUUUUGGCAAGUUGGGGAGAAGCCUUUUCUGGAUCAUGACCAUGAAGACUGGUUUGAUAUCAGUUUCAUUGUCUUAAGUAUCAAUUACUUUGUAGCGGCUAUCCAAAAUUGGUCAAAGAAUUCAUCACAGACCGAAUAUGGUCUUAUGGUAUAAAGAACAUGGUAUUCAUUAAAUAUUUCGAGAGAUAUAUUAACAUAUAUAUUUAUUUCAUUCGAUAAAUUGGAAUUGGCAUAUAUAUAUAUAUAUACACACACAUAUAUAAAUAUAGUGUUUUCUUGCUGGCAGACAUGGAUAAAGUUUGGUCAAAUGUACAAAAAUGGUUGAUGAUAUAAUCCCUAAAAACUUAAUUUAGUUGGAAAUUAAAACAUCAACAAAAACAUAAUUCUGUAAAGAAAAA